GUUAAUUUUUUUUUCUUUUGAGCAUUUUCUUCUCGUCUGAUAAUCCAUAACAGUUGUUUCAAUCCUGUGAUGUCUGGUCCCACAUAUUCUUGAAGUGGUUGAUUCAUUCACACACCAAUAUGCAGAACGAAGAGGGAGUUAUUACUGAGCUUUACAUUCCUAGGAAAUGCUCGGCAACCAACAGGCUCAUCACUUCGAAGGAUCAUGCCUCAGUCCAGAUUAACGCCGGGCAUUUGGAUGAGAACGGCAUCUACACUGGCCAGUUCUCCACCUUUGCUCUUUGCGGUUUUGUUCGUGCUCAGAAGAAUCCACUCUCCUCCACUCUCUCCUCCACUCGUAUCUCUCCGCAUCUCCUCUGCGAAAAUUUUUUCUGUGUUCCUCUCCUCUCCUCGCCAUUCGAAGCAAGGUUCCCUGGCUCCAUUCACCGGCCUCUCUCUCCGUUCGCCGGUUGAUCUCUCCGUUGGCGGUUCGGAGCUCGUUUGGUUUCUCCUCCGCCCGAUUACUCUCUCCGUUGCUGGUCUCCCUUCUCCUCCUCCGACUGCCCGUCUCUCGUCAUCAGAUCAAGAGGUUUCUGAUUUUUGCCUUCAAAGUUAUGAAAAAGUAACAUGACAAUUAUUGAACAUAAUAUCGACGUUGGAGAGAAGUAACAUAAUUUUUAGAUGAACGUUGAUGUUACUUUUAAUAAUUAUCAUGUUACAUUUUCGUAACUAGUGUUACCUUGGAGGACCUCCUACCGGAAGGACGAAAAAAGUCCAUAUAUAUAUAUAUAUAAUGAAAACAAGUCGUGAGAAAAAAAGUUCGGGUCUACUGUGUUUACAACUUGUACUACUAGAAAUCAGUGCAACUUAUUCUAUGGGUUAGACAUUGUUUUUUUUCUUCUUCUGAAUUUGCCCACUUCCUAUGCAAUGGAGAGCUACAUUUGCUCUAAUUUCCAACUGUCAGUAAUCAGGUGGUCCAUGAUUUAUUGACCGAAUCCGCAUUGACAUAAUGAAGAAAAGAAAAACAAAAUGGAUUAGUGGA